AUGUACCCCGUUGUCGCCGCCGGCGCCCACGUCCUUGAGUUCCUCCGCUACCUCAACCAGCUCGGCAUGUCCAAAGUCCACACCCCUAUCUGCCCCUUCUACGGCCACCCGACACCGCCGGCACCUUGCCCUUGCCCUCUCCGCCAGGCCUGGUGCUCGCGCCAUCAGGCUCUACCUCAAGGAGGUGCACGAUCACCAGUCCAAAACCAAGGGAGUCAACUACGAGAAGAAGAAGCGCAAGCGUCCCCUGCAGCCGAAGCAGCCCCAACCUCCUCCGCCGCGGCAACACCACCACCACGAAAACCUUAUUCAUGUGAUGGAAACAUAUCCUUCUGUUUUCUGCUCAUCCACCUGGUGCAACUUAGUGCAAAAUGUUUAGUUAUAUAUAUUACCACCACUAAUAAUGUUGGUACUAAUAAAAAUAUUAACCACAUGGAGAAGAUCAGAUAA